AUGGGCUCCCACGUCACCCCGCAACCCCACGUCCCCAAAGCCGGGGUAUGGUGUCCCGCCAUUACAUUCUUCGACCACAGCACCGACACAAUCGACUUCGACGCACAAAAGAAAUACUACUCCUACCUCUCCAAGACCGGACUAGCGGGCCUAGUCAUCCUCGGCACAAACUCCGAGGCCUUCCUCCUCACCCGCGAAGAGCGUGCCCAAUGUAUCGCUGCCGCUCGCGAAGCCGUCGGUCCCGAUUUCCCGCUCAUGGCCGGUGUGGGUGCCCACUCCACAAAGCAGGUGCUUGAGUUAGCGCAUGAUGCUGCGGGUGCGGGUGCGAAUUACUUGCUUGUUCUCCCACCGGCGUAUUUCGGAAAGGCGACGACGCCGGCCGUUGUGAAGAAAUUCUUUGCGGAUGUGGCGCGUCAGUCGCCGUUGCCGGUUGUUGUGUACAACUUCCCUGGGGUGUGUAAUGGGGUUGAUCUUGAUUCGGAGACUAUUACGGCUAUUGUGCGCGAGUCUGCUGCCAGCCGGGGAGAUGGAAAGAGUAAUGUGGUGGGUGUGAAGUUGACUUGUGCUUCGGUGGGUAAGAUUACGAGGUUGGCGGCCACACUUAAGCCGGAGGAGUUUGCUGUUUAUGGCGGGCAGUGUGAUUUCUUGAUUGGAGGGCUUAGUGUUGGAUCUGCUGGGUGCAUUGGGGCGUUUGCCAAUGUGUUCCCCAAAACUUCGGCCAAGAUUUAUGAGUUGUAUAAGGCCGGGAAGGUGGCGGAGGCCUUGGACUUGCAGCAGAAGGCGGCGCUAGCGGAGAGUCCCUGCAAGAGUGGCAUUGCGUCUACUAAAUAUGCUGCCGCAAUUUACUCGGCGCCCUUGGCCGGAAUUGAGGGGGCCGAGGAGAAGGCGAAGCCGAGGACGCCGUACGAGGAACCCGGAGAGGGUGCUAAGAAGACGGUGAGGGAGUUGAUGGACUCGGUAGCCAAGCUUGAAGUUUGCAUCUAG